AUGCCUCCUCAUCCUGACUCCAACCUCUAUCCCGAGGCCAGUGGCCCGGCUAAGGCACUGGUCGAUCAGCAUCGCGCUGAACAGCCAUUGAAGUUGUAUGCGGGGUGGUUCUGUCCCUUUGUCCAGCGAGUUUGGCUCGCCCUCGAAGAGAAAAAGAUCCCAUACAAAUAUAUCGAGGUCAACCCAUACAACAAGCCAGACUCACUACUCACACUGAAUCCCCGAGGCCUAGUUCCUACACUCUCAACUCCAGCAGAUCCACACCCACGGCCACUGUAUGAAUCCACUGUCAUCCUGGAGUAUCUGGAAGAAGCAUACCCAGACCAUAAACCCCGCUUCCUGCCAGAGGAUCCCUACGAGCGUGCCCGUGCACGCAUCUGGAUUGACUAUGUGACAUCUCGAAUAAUUCCAUCUUUCCACCGUUUCUUGCAGUACCAGUCUGCAGAUGGCAGUGGGCAUAACGCAGAUGCGGGGUUGGAUCAGGCCCGGCAAGAGUUUUUGAAUCACUUGAAAGCCUGGACCAAGGAGAUGCACCCCGAGGGACCUUUCUUCCUCGGUAAUAAUAUUAGUCUGCCGGAUCUGGUGCUAGCUCCGUGGGCGGUACGAUUGUGGGUGUUUGAUGAGUUCAAAAGUGGUGGGUUGGGGAUUCCAAAGGAGGGGGAAGGGGAUUCGGACGAGGGUAUUUGGAUCCGGUGGAGGACUUGGCUAGCUGCUAUUGAGAGCAGACGGAGUAUCAAGGAGACUACCAGUGAUCUUGCGCAUUACCUUCCCAUCUACAAGAGAUAUGCGGAUAAUACAGCUCAAACAUAUUCUGAGGAAAUACAAGAAACUGCCAUGGCACGCAACAUGAGGGGCGAGUCUCCCCGCGGGAGCUCAACGCUGGAAUCGGGCCUGUCACCCCCGGCCAUUCACCCGUCUUUUAUACAGGUGGCCAAUCCAUACAUAUUCGAACAGACAAUUGAAAACUGCAUCGAGGCGAUGAGUGUUAAUCCGCUUCGCGAAACCUCAGUGCGUCUUCAAGGCGUGGCGUGGAUCGACAGCGUGCGGAGAGCCCUCAACCUUCCCAUUCGCACUUUUGACACAGCAGUGGGAUAUUAUCACCGAUUUCGAUUGGUGCAUCCAGACAACGAGUAUAAUUGGACUGAUGCUGCGGCUGCGGCUUUAUUCACAGCAUGCAAGAUCGAAGAUACGCUCAAAAAAUCGCGAGACAUUGUCUGCGCAGCGUACAACUUGAAAGCGGCACCUUCAGAGCACUUAUCGGCUGAUGAUCCCAUGUUUGAAUCCCAUGCGCGUGGUAUCAUCGGCCUCGAGCGACUCAUGUUAGAAGCCUCUGGGUUUGACUUUCGGACCCGGCAUCCCCAUAAGACCCUCAUGAAGCUGGGUCGGCAUUAUGGACUACCACAAAACUCCGAAGUCUCCAAUCUUGCCUACCGUAUCUCGUCGGAUCUUUACCGCACAUUUGCACCCAUCAAACAAAACUCAUCGACGAUGGCCUUUAGUUGCCUUGAGCUUGCAGGACGACUCUUGGAGCAGCGCGUCGAACAAGUGGAGUCUGGGCUAGACUAUACGCAGUGGAGCACCAGCCGAGCAGAAAUCAUGGAAACCCUCUUUGAUGUCUUAGAACUCUACACCCAUCACCGCGCACUAACCACCGUCGGCUCGGAAUUCCCCGCAGACCGGUUCCUAACAGUCCGUAUCCCGCUCAACCAAGAAGCCAGCGAACACCACAUUCCACGCUACCAGCCGUGGAUCGGCCAGCCACCCAAACCAUCCAACGGCACUGGCGCCAACGACCAAGGUACUCCACGACCGGCACAUCCCCUAACACCAAUUGCCGCGAACGGGGACCGCCAGAGGACGGGCGAGCGAGGCCGUGACGCCGCCGUGCGAUUCAUGCUCGAUCCGGCAUGUGCGGAUGAGGAGAGGCGACAGGUUGCGGAGUACUUCAAGGUCGAAAUGGAAGAAUAUGAAGUCGACGCUUAA